CCCUUGAAAGGAAGAGGACCUACCUCCACCGCACUAAAGAAGAUGCUUUGAUUAUCUAGUAAUAAGACGCACCUACUUGCUCUAUCUAAUUUACUGGCAUCACAAAUUCAUUUUGGCCUUCCCCCACCAAAAAAAGGGCCCAUCAAUCCAUCAAUCCAUCAAUCAAUCAAUCAAUCCAUCCAUCCAUCCAUCAUAUCAAUCUUAGUGCAGGCCCUGUACCUCCUCCCUCCCUCUCCCUCUCCCUCUCCCUCACCCUCACCUCCAUCGGAAUACACUACCGGUACCUAAAGCUUUCCCCAACAACUCUUCGAACCUUAAAAUCUUCCAAAACUUGGGAGAAAAAGACCAGUUCUGGAAUAAAUUCAAUUUCCUAAAUAUUUAAUUAUUUACUUCCAAAAAGAAUCCAUCUUCCAUCUUCCAUUGCAUAUUAAAUGUUACUCAUAUAUUUCUCAUUCCCUUCACAAAGCAUCAUGAAGGAAUCAUCUUUCCCUUUAACAUAUUAAUUUUCCGACUUCCAUCACGCCCUUUCUUUCCGCAAGGAAUCAGAAAUGAGAAAUCAAAAACCAAAAACCACCGAGAAUAUCAAAUGAUUAUCACAAACUACCACCAGUCACACAACUAUUUUAUUACACAGCUAUCUAAUAACGCCGAAUCGCAAAAUCUAUCAUCUUGUACAUACGAAAAUACCUACUCAAUCCUCAGUACUCUUCUAAAAAAGAAAACAAAUCUUUCCAAGGUCCUGUCACGAAUCUUCCCUUUUCAAUCAAUUUUCUUUUGGCACUCAUGCUUGCGCUUCAACGUCCAAAUAUGGGUUCGUCGAAGCCACCCGACCUCGAUAUGCCGUUUGGCUGUAAGUACCUUUCUAUUUACUGAACGUUAAGAGUGAGUACAAAAUCCAUGUACUAAUAAUAUAUGGCGCGUCAGAUGCCUUUGAUUCCAAUUCCAUAUUCCCUUUCCCGUCACCCACAGCCCCAGCACCGGGUCCUCCAUUACUCGACGAUAGCGAAUCCAAUCUUCUCGACAGCUUCUUCGAUGGUGUAAGCUCCGAUCAUUUUAAUUACGACUUCUUUCCCAAUACACACGAUGGAGGGGAACUUGGUGGAGGCUGGGAGGAACUUCCUCCAACAUUUAUGGGAACGAGGGUGACGUUUGAUCAACAACCUCAACUUUCGAAUGAAAUGUCCACAAAUUUUGGUGACAGGAAUAUCGGAAUGCACCCCCCGCUAUCUCAACCUCCUUUACCUCCUUCAACAACAUCUGCCGAUGUUUUGGCAGCCGCCACCGUAUUACAAAAUGGUUCAAAUGCGCGAUCGCAUAGUCUGCAUAGUGAAACAUUAUUUGGAAAUCACGGUUUGCAAUCGCACUCGUCACAUCAUCAUAUCAGACCACAAUCCAUGUCACAUUAUCCUACCCCAGUAUCAGGACUCGAUAGACCACGCGAUGGAUUUAUGCGCGACACGUUAUUCACAGAAAUGAUGUUUGGUCCCAAUCACGCCGGUCCAGAUCUGAUGAGAAGACCUAAACCGGUUCCUCAAAAGGUUGAUAUAAGAUGGGGCUCUGAUGCAGGAUUCGGAUCUCCACAAGGAUUUAUUCCACCAUCGAAUACGCCCAAGAUUGAGGAGGUGGAAAGCAAAAGACUACAAGCGUUGGAUGAAUUUAUUGGGGCAGCCUUGGGGGCGGAGAGCAGUGCCGAGAAUACGAGACCAAGUAGUCCGACGAUGGAAAGAACCUUACCCACACGACGUCGCCAAAGUUCAGGGAUUAUCAAAGAAGAAGAUGUGGAACCACCAAAGAAACGACGGAAAAGUAAAUUCAAUCUUACGGAAGACGGAGGAGAAGAUCAGGAGGAAUCACAACCCAAAGGCGACGGGAGGAAAAAGAGGAAGUCCGUCGUGAAAGGUAGUGGUUGUUCACCCGGACCAUCUGAGGCAGGUCACAAACGGCGGAAAUCUACCUCGGCCACUGCAAAACCUACGAGGGAGAACCUGACGGAAGAUCAAAAGCGAGAAAAUCAUAUCAAGAGUGAGCAAAAACGUAGAACCUUGAUUCGGGAAGGAUUUGAAGAUUUAGGAGAAUUGGUACCAGGACUAAGAGGUGGUGGGUUCAGCAAAAGUGCAAUCUUGGUGAUGACGGCGGAUUGGUUGGAGGAAUUAAUGCAGGGAAAUGAAGCUCUGCGGCAGAAGAUUGACGCUGCAAAAGGGAGAUGAAAUGAAGAGACGUGUCAACGAUUAAUAUAGAUCCCAUCUAGCGGCGACCUAUCGAAACUUUGGAACAAAAUCUCACAGGUUUCGGGAAGUGGAAAAAAUGGUGGGGACAGGACGUGUCAUGGAGUUUGGCGUUUGGUUUGAUGGAUUAAUUGCAAAGAUAGUACCCACGCACGUGGAAAUGGCUGGCCUACUGUCUAGGUAGCAUAUGGAGGAUUUGGAGCAAGAUAAGAUACCACGCGCAAAUUAAGGAGAUGCUCUAAGGUGCUAGUACUACAAUCUUCCUGUGAAAUGAGGCAAUGAAAUGCAUUUGAUAGCGAGGAUUUUUUUUUAGUAUACCAAGGAGACGAUGGGAAGAAACGACAGUAUAGGAUUGGAGCCAUGAAGUCAUAUGAGAUUAAAUCAGAUCAAAUACAAGGCUAUGCACAUACAUGUCUAGCCAUUAUACUCUUUGUGAGAUGUGGUCAUAUCGUGGAUGGAAAAGUGUUUUUCGAGAUUAUUUCUUUGAUUUAAUUUCAGCAUCGAUUAAGUGUAACAGGAACCACAGCUCUUCCCUUCAUUAACUUCAUAUAAUAGUGACAAGAGAGGAAGCAACGAUUUACAUCUUCUGUGUUUAUAUUAUAUCUACAGUAUUUCUUUUUAUUUUUCAUUUAUAUCAUUUCUCCAGAUCGUGUAGUGCAAGUAUAUUUAAAGUGUUGUGUGCAUCAGUACUAGCUAGGU